AGAGGAAUUCGUAGCAAAGGUUUUAGAGGCUUCAGAAAAAUUAAGCGAGGCGAGGGCUAUGUUGGCACUAAACAGGGGGUUUAACCGCACGCUCUUCUCCAACUUCAACUUUCCCAAAGCUCUCUCUGGUUCUGUCUUAAUCCCUCUCAUGGCUUCUCCCUCAACUGUUUCUUCUCCUGCCUACUCCACUGGAUCCCCUUACCAGCAUCCACCAAACCGAGUAGGCACUCACAAUGGAAGCUUUCACUGCGACGAGGCUCUUGGCUGCUUUAUGAUUCGUCUCACCAACAAGUUCUCCAAUGCCGAAAUUGUCCGCUCCCGCGACCCUCAGGUGUUGGAGGGUCUGGAUGCUGUGCUUGAUGUCGGGGGCGUAUAUGAUCCAAGUCGUGACCGUUACGAUCACCAUCAGAAGGGAUUUGAGGAGAUCUUUGGACAUGGGUUCACUACCAAGCUUAGCAGCGCUGGUCUUGUUUAUAAGCACUUUGGGAAGGAGAUAAUAGCUAAGGAGCUGCAGCUUGAUGAAGGGCACCCAGAUGUGCAUCGGUUGUUCUUGGCUGUUUACAAAAGCUUCAUGGAGGCAAUUGAUGCCGUUGACAAUGGAAUCAAUCAGUAUGACACAGACCUGCCUCCAAGAUAUGUGAAUAAUACACAUUUGUCUUCAAGGGUUGGGAGAUUGAAUUUGGAUUGGAUUGAUCCUGAUCAAUCACCUGAGAAGGAGAAUCAGGCCUUCCAACAAGCAAUGGCGCUGGCAGGCAGUGAGUUUUUAGAUAAUGUUCGCUUUCAUGCAAGGUCUUGGUUACCAGCACGGUCAAUUGUAAUGGAGUGUCUUGCAGCUAGAUUUGAUGUCGACCCUAGUGGUGAAAUUAUGGUUUUGGCUACAUUCUGUCCUUGGAAACUUCACUUAUUCGAGCUUGAGGAGGAACUGAAGAUUGACCCUUCAAUUAAAUAUGUUCUUUAUCAGGAUGACAGGAGUAAACAUUGGCGAGUGCAGGCAGUGGCAAUAGGUGCAGAUAGAUUUGAAAGCCGGAGGCCUCUACCAGCUCAGUGGCGAGGUCUUAGGGAUGAUGAGCUCUCAAGGGAAUCUGGAAUCCCUGGUUGUGUUUUUGUCCAUAUGAGCGGAUUCAUCGGUGGAAAUCAAACUUUUGAGGGAGCUCUGUCUAUGGCAAGAAAUGCACUGAAGCUGUAGAACGUAGUGGAUAGCAUUGCUGUCAUGAUCAAAGAUGGACAAUUUCAGAAUUGUAGCUGGACCUGAAUUCAUUAGUUUGUUGUCUUUAUUUUAAUCCCAUGGGUAUUGGGUGGUAGAUCUGCGGUCCACUUUAUAUUUUGCAUUCAUUCAUACGAAGAACUGUUGGCAUUUUAUUCUAACAUCUGCUCAAUUCACUAGGAAGGUUUAUCA